ACGAAAGUCAUACAGCGUAUAAAAGCAGAAGGAAUAUGUCUACAAAAGGUUUACGGGAGAGGUUGAAGGAUGGCGAAAACCUUGUUGUGGCAGAGGGUUACAUAUUUGAAUUUGAAAGACGUGGCUAUCUAAAAUCCGGAAGUUUUGUUCCGGAAGUGGUACUCGAUCAUCCAGAUCUCGUUAAAUCUCUGCAUGAAGAAUAUGUUCACGCUGGUAGUGAUGUUGUUCUAGCUUUUACGUAUUACGCCCAUCGUCAAAAACUGAAACUGGUGAACAGGGAGUCCGACUUAAAAGCCAUGAAUAUGAAGGCCUUACAAAUAGCGCGAGAAGUUGCAGAUAAAACUGGAACAUUAAUGGCGGGAAACAUCUGCAACUCUACCGUGUACAAAAAAGGAGACGAACAGGCAAUAGAGAAUACUAGAGAUAUGUUUAAGGAACAAAUAGAAUGGGCGGUCGAAGGGGGUGCAGAUUUCAUUGUAGCAGAGACAUUUGGUGAAUUUGGAGAAGCCAUGCUAGCUCUGGAAUGUAUUAAACAAUACGGAAAAGGAUUACCUUCUGUGAUAACGUUGUCGGUUCCCAUGACGACAGUGAUGCAUGACGGGAUACCUGUGGACGAGGCCUGCAAACGUUUGGAGGAAGCUGGGGCAGAUGUCGUGGGUUUAAAUUGCGGACGGGGUCCAGAAACCAUAAUUGAACCGCUGAAACUUGUUCAGAAGGCUUGUAAAGGACCAAUCGCAGCGUUGCCUGUUCCAUAUAGAACCAAUCAGGAUCAAGUUACGUUUUUCUCUUUGACCGUGCCAGGAACAGAGAAAAUGGCAUUUCCGCUGGACCUUUCAUCUUGUUAUUGUACUCGCGAGGAAAUCCGGUCAUUUGCAGAAAAGUGCAAGGCCUUAGGUGUCCAGUAUGUGGGUUUGUGUUGCGGAAACGCCCCGCACUUUCUCCGGGAGAUAGCUGCUGUGUAUGAAAAGCCGGCACCGGCUCUGAAGUACUCCCCGGAAAUGGAGAAACAUUUCAUUUUCGGAGAUGAGAAAAAGAAUGAUCCUUAUUUCACAAAGAAUUACAAAACUGCGAUCACGAAGAAAUAAACUUUAUAAUUCAUAAUAAAACGAUUUAGUGUAGUAAACAUGCAUAUAUAUCAUAAAUUUUGUU